UGUAAACUCUAUUGUUGGCUACAACUCAAACGUCACAUUUAUUGGAAGAAGUUCCAAAAAUGGCAGGCGCUUUAGUGCGAUUAAAUUAUUUACAAAAAACACAAAUUGUGUGUGCUCUACCAUCGGUAGCACAGCGACGUCUGCAAGGUACACAAGCACCUCCACCAGGCACACCACCACCACAAACCAAAACAAAGUUUGGUCCACUCGCUGAUCAAGAUCGCGUAUUUACUAAUUUGUAUGGCAGACAUGAUUGGCGUCUCAAAGGUGCUAUCAAGCGUGGUGAUUGGUAUAAAACAAAAGAAAUUGUUUUGAAGGGUCCUGACUGGAUUAUCAAUGAGAUUAAAACAUCUGGUUUACGUGGACGCGGUGGUGCUGGCUUCCCGAGUGGCAUGAAAUGGUCAUUUAUGAAUAAACCAUCAGAUGGUCGUCCCAAGUAUCUUGUAGUUAACGCAGAUGAAGGUGAACCUGGUACCUGCAAGGAUCGUGAUAUUAUGCGUCAUGAUCCACACAAAUUAGUUGAAGGUUGUUUAAUUGCUGGUCGUGCAAUGGGUGCACAAGCUGCAUAUAUUUAUAUACGUGGUGAAUUCUACAAUGAAGCAUCCAAUAUGCAAUUGGCUAUAGCGGAAGCUUAUCAGGCAGGUCUUAUUGGCAAGAAUGCAUGUGGUUCUGGUUAUGAUUUUGAUAUAUUUAUGCAUCGUGGUGCUGGUGCUUACAUUUGUGGUGAAGAAACUGCUUUAAUUGAAUCACUUGAAGGCAAACAAGGUAAACCACGUUUGAAGCCGCCAUUCCCUGCUGAUGUUGGUGUUUUCGGUUGUCCAACGACUGUAACUAAUGUAGAAACAGUUGCUGUUGCACCAGCAAUAUGUCGACGUGGUGGCGCUUGGUUUGCAAGUUUCGGUCGUACACGUAAUUCUGGCACUAAGCUAUUUAAUAUAUCAGGUCAUGUGAAUAAUCCGUGCACUGUGGAAGAGGAAAUGUCCAUACCACUAAAGGAGUUAAUUGAACGUCAUGCUGGUGGUGUGCGCGGUGGUUGGGAUAAUUUACUUGGUGUAAUACCAGGUGGUUCCUCAACACCUGUUAUACCAAAGAAUGUAUGUGAUGAUGUUAUUAUGGAUUUUGAUGGUCUUAUUGCGGCGCAAACCUCACUUGGUACUGCUGCCAUUAUUGUGAUGGACAAAUCAACAGAUAUUAUUAAGGCAAUUGCGCGUUUAAUUUCAUUUUAUAAACAUGAAAGUUGUGGUCAAUGUACACCAUGUCGUGAAGGUAUUGGUUGGAUGAAUAAAAUUAUGACGCGAUUUGUGAGCGGUGAUGCAGGUGCAGACGAAAUUGAUAUGCUCUGGGAAAUAUCAAAACAAAUCGAAGGACACACAAUUUGCGCUUUGGGUGAUGGCGCUGCUUGGCCAGUGCAAGGCUUAAUACGCCACUUUAGACCAGUAAUUGAGGCUAGAAUGAAGCAGUAUGAAACGCAGAGAGCGUCUGUUCGAUACUAAAUUAGCAAAAAUAUAAAUGCUAGCAAUAAUUGUUUAACGAAUGUGUAAAGUUUUAUUAUUAAAAUUAAAUAAAAUUUAAAUGGUCUUACCAAAUAUGUAAGAGUCAUAAUCUGAACUAUAAAAAUAAAACAGAUUUGCCAAACAAUUGACCUAAUUAAAAAUAAUA